UACAUGUAGUUGGUGCUCACUUUCUGUAUGCUCAACUGCUAAGUGGUCAGUAGGGACGAGAAAAAAGAGGGUAGCACAAUCAGACAUUCAGUAGCAAUCAUGAGCGGCGCAGGCGCAGGUCAUCAGUAUGAACCAUAUCCCGUCUCCUGGUACAAGCGCGAUGUCCUGCUCUUCGCGAACAGUAUUGGAUGCACAGUCGACGAACUCCACUUCCUCUACGAACUCCACCCUAGCUUCGCCGUCUUCCCUACCUACCCCAUAAUCCUACCCUUCAAGCACACAAGCCCCGAAGUCGUCGACUUCUACGCGGCACAGUCUUCGGCGCGAGAGAGCAUCCCUGGCGUUCCGAAGCUAGACAGCAAGCGCGUCGUCGACGGCGAGCGACACAUCCAGUUCUUCAAGCCUCUGCCCACAACAUCCGAGGGCAAGAGUUUCGAAGUAAGAGGCAAAGUCAUCGGUGUCUACGACAAGGGUAAGCCGGGGACAGUGGUGGAGACGCAGAACGAUCUUGUGGAUAAACAGACUGGGGAGUUGUAUACGCGUAUGACCGGCUCUGGCUUUUUCGUUGGGCAAGGGAAUUGGGGUGGACCGAAAGGACCGAAGUCGCAGAACUACCCACCGCCUGAGGGUAAGAAGCCCGAUGCUGUUUAUGAGCACCCCAUCAGCGCUGAGGCGGCCCACCUCUACCGCCUGAAUGGCGACUACAACCCUCUCCACGCGACACCAGAACCAGGCAAAGCAAUGGGCUUCGGCGGUGCGAUCAUGCACGGUUUGUACUCCUGGAACACCACUUGUCACGCUCUGGUCAAGCUGUUAGGUGGAAGCGACCCGGCGAAUAUCAAAGAGUAUGCGGCGAGAUUCGCUUCGCCAGUCAAGCCCGGUGACACACUGGUCACGGAGAUUUGGCGGACGGGGGAGAAGGACGGGGACGGGUGGGAAGAUGUCCGGUUUAUUACGUCGGUCAAGGGUGGAAAGGCGUGUUUGAGCAAUGGGCGAGCCAAGAUGAGGGUGGUUGGGCAGAAGCAGAGUAAGCUAUAGCUCAUGCCACCACCUUUGCAAACCAUUUUGCCGUCUGAAACUUCGCUGGCUAGCCGGCCGCACAUGUUCCGAAAAGCGUGGACCUACGGCUGAUAAUCGUCAACGUUCAUUGUCUCCCAACCACUGCCGCAGAUUGAGAUGCUGCUACGUCUUGUCGAUUGACUGCAUUGAUUAGGGCCACGUCAUAGAGCAUGCCUAUGAAACCGUUGGCGGUUGGGUGAGGCUCUGCAUUGCCGGUGACGGCCUUGGUCAAACACGAAACGGUGCAUGAAGCUGUCCGAGGCGUCGUUCUUGAAUGCGGGAUUAGCACGCUCAUCAUUC